CGGGAGCUACUAUUACGAAACUUUACGGUAUCGUAAUAUUGCCCGUCCGUCCGCAACCUCCACGCCUGCCAAUCAAUCACAGCAAAUGUCCCUUUAACGAGCAAAACGCAGGCGCCCUCAGAUCAAUCAAUAUGCUCUCCGGCAUCCUAAUCUUCAACCAUAAGGGCGAGAACCUCAUCUACCGCGCCUUUCGCAACGACUGCCGCCCGCGUCUCGCAGACGUAUUCCGCAUCCAGGUCAUCUCCAACCCGCAGGUUCGCUCACCCAUUCUAACGCUGGGAUCGACGACGUUCAGCCAUGUCAAGCAUGAGAAUAUAUACCUGGUUGCGGUGACAAAGAGCAAUGUGAAUGCGGCGCUGGUGUUUGAGUUUCUGUAUCGGUUUGUGUUGUUGGGGAAGGGGUAUUUUGGGAAGUUCGAUGAGGAGGCCGUGAAGAAUAAUUUCGUGCUUGUUUAUGAGCUGUUGGAUGAGAUACUUGACUUUGGAUACCCCCAGAACACCGAAACGGAUACCCUUAAAAUGUACAUUACGACAGAGGGCGUCAAAUCAACCAUUGCAAACUCGCCCUCGGAUUCUAGCAAAAUUACUAUGCAAGCUACGGGAGCCCUGUCGUGGCGCCGAUCGGAUAUCAAAUACAGGAAGAACGAGGCAUUUGUCGACGUUAUUGAGGAUGUCAACUUGCUCAUGUCGGCUACCGGGACCGUCCUGCGUGCUGACGUAAAUGGCCAGAUCGUUAUGCGAGCGUAUCUAUCCGGUACGCCGGAGUGUAAAUUUGGCCUGAAUGACAAGUUACUUCUCGACAACAAUGAUGGCGCCGGAAGAUCGGAUGGCAGAACGAAAGCAACACGCGCGGCAGCAGGCAGCGUUACGCUGGAGGACUGCCAGUUCCACCAGUGCGUGAAACUUGGUCGUUUCGACGCUGACCGUAUCAUCUCCUUCGUUCCCCCUGACGGGGAAUUUGAGCUGAUGCGCUACCGGGCAACGGAAAACGUGAACCUGCCAUUUAAGAUUCACCCGAUCGUGCGUGAGAUUGGCACUACUAAGGUCGAAUACAGCAUUGCCAUCAAGGCCAACUUCAGCUCGAAGCUGUUCGCGACUAACGUCAUCGUUCGCAUCCCUACCCCGCUCAAUGCGGCCAAGAUCAUAGAACGGACGAGUCAGGGACGCGCGAAAUAUGAACCAGAGCAGAAUAAUAUUGUCUGGAAGAUUACACGAUUCUCGGGCCAGAGCGAGUGUAUACUCACCGCAGACGCGACGUUGACGAGUAUGACACAGCAGAAGGCAUGGAGUCGGCCGCCGCUCAGUCUUGAGUUUAGUCUGCUUAUGUUCACGAGUAGCGGGCUGUUGGUGAGGUACCUGAAGGUGUUUGAGAAGAAUAAUUAUAGUAGUGUUAAAUGGGUAAGGUACAUGACUAGGGCGGGAAGUUAUGAGAUCAGGUUUUAAAUGCGAGUCACCCACCAUCUUCCCCUCGCCUUACAGACCGAGGUUGGAUAUGUUCGUACUCCUCAUCCCUCCACGCGUUUCAUUCUGCAUCGUGCAUACAUACAUACGUAUAGCAUAUAUAUAUCUGUACUCUGAAACCUCUUUGGCCGUUUCUUUUCCUGUAAUUGUUCCAUGACUGGCGUUGUUGGGAGGGCGUUGGGAUUUUCUUCUUCCUUGUUGUUGCUGCCUUCGCUUUUGCUUCGCUGAUACUAUACUUCCUUUAGUUAGCGUAAGCUGUGCAGUUGGAGAUUCGAUAUUCAUCAUUUGAGUUUCUAUUGUCCUCAAGUUAUCCAAAGAUUAGCGAUUCUCCUAAAGGUAGUGUAGUGGGUAUGUACCCAUCAAUGGCACAGCGAGCAUACCCAGCCUUUGGUUCUCACAUUGAUAAAUGAAUAUUCUGUACCAUUCGAACAUAAUCAGUGAGGGCUUUUUCAUACGCUGAGGUGAUUUCAAUUGCAGAACAGGAUUUUGAGGCUAAAAAUAGAAUACUCACGUGAUAAAAUGGCCCUGAGCCUCAUCUCUAUU